UGCCUCCUGCGAUUUUAUCCCAUCACUGAGGUACCAGGAUCCAAAACUUUCCUAACAACACGACGACGCGAUGGCACGAGACAAAGAACGCUCGGUCAACCCUGCACAGCAGCAGCGUAAGCUAGAAAAAGCCAAACAGCUGAAAAAGAGUCGGGCCGAGUUACAAUCGAGGCGCAAUGAAAAAUUGGCUCGACGAAAUCCAGAUCGGCUACAGAGACAAAUUGACGACCUCAAAGCCUUAGAGUCGUCCGGCGAGAUCAAACCCAGAGAAAAGGCCAUUCUAGAAGAAUUAGAACGAGACCUGAAGGCUGUCCAGAAAGCAAGAGAAGCACUAGGCGAGAAAGCACCGCAUUUCGGAGGACAACAGCGGAGAAGAGAAGGCGAAGGCAACAACGUGCUGGGCAAGAGGAGGCAUGACGGCGAGCGCAAACCUUUCCAACAAUCGAGACACGAGUCGUCAGGCAGCGACACAGAUGACUCCGUACGUCGAAUACCGAUGCCGGAGGACACUCCGCCGCCAAUACCACGAGAGUUUAGGCGCAACUUUCGCAAUGCAGACAACGCACAACAAGCAGACACCCAACUACCAUCAACAGCAAAACCGGUGCCAGUCGCAAAGACAACGUACGAGAGCGCACCACAGGUUCGAGAUCUCCGAAAAGAGGCAGUGAACAGAUUCGUUCCAGACGUGGUGCGCAAAAAGCAAGAAGCGGCGAAAGGCGGCCCAACAGGUCGCUUGAUCGAGCCUGAGGAGAUGGACCGACUCGAAGCUGAGGGGUAUGUACGGACAGAACAGGAAAGACGUGGAAGUGCAGGCCCUGCUGGGGAGGACCAACCUAUGCCAGACGAGGUCGAUGCAAAGAGGCUGGCAGAAGAAGAGCAGCGUUUCCUUCGAGAACUUGAGAUGCAGGACGUUGAAGGAAUGGGCGAGGAAGACACGGGAGUAGGACGAGACAAUUCGCAACCGCAAAAACAGAACAGACAUGUCGAGAUCGAAGAGGUUGAGGACGAGGACGCUUGAGGGAAGGAUUGGGACACGUCAAACCUUCCAUAUACUCUACGUUGAAAGUCCAGGGUCCCCCCCUUUUGAUAGCCUCUCUCAGUGCCUUUCUGGCCUUGGUGUUCUUCCCUGAAGGCAUCAGAGCAGUCUUCUCCUAAUGCUGCUCAAGAUCGUAUCAUGCACAUUGUCAGGUUGAGGGGCUUUGAUUACUCGUUAGCCUUCGUGGCCUUCGUAGCCAGCCAAGAGAUUGCUGACAUGAGCACAAC